AUGGCUCCCCCGAACGUGUUGAUGGUUGGCACCGGCGAGUACACCACCGGCUUCGUCGGCGGUGGCGCGUCCAGCUCUGACAAGAAGGUCGGCGUGGUCGGCCUGACCCUGUUCGAUCUGCGCCGUCGCGGUAAGGUCAGCGACCUGAGCAUGGUGGGCGUGUCGGGCAAAAAGUUCCCGGGCAUCCGUGACCAUCUGCACCGCAACAUCUCCCAAGCAUACAACGGCCUGGACACUUCCUUCACCUCCUACCCAGCCGACGACCAGACCGACCCUGAUGCGUACAAGGCGGCUAUUGACGCCCUGCCCAAGGGCUCCGCCAUCACCAUCUUCACACCCGACUCCACCCACUACCCCAUUGCCCUGUAUGCUAUCGAGCGUGGCCACCACGUGCUGAUCACCAAGCCCGCGACCCAGCGGCUGGGCGACCACCUGGCGCUGGUCGAAGCCGCGCGCAAGGCCGGCGUCUUCGUCUUCGUCGAGCACCACAAGCGCUUCGACCCGGCAUACUCGGAUGCCCGCGCCAAGGCCCGCACCAUGGGCGACUUCAAUUACUUCUACAGUUACAUGAGCCAGCCGAAGAGCCAGCUGGAGACGUUCAAGGCGUGGGCCGGCCGCGACUCCGACAUUUCGUACUACCUGAACUCACACCACAUCGAUAUCUGCGAGAGCAUGGUCCCAGAGUACAAACCUGUGCGGGUCUCGGCUACCGCGUCCCAGGGCACGGCUGCGGCUCUUGGGUGUGUGCCCGAGACGGAGGAUACUAUUACGCUGCUUGUGGAGUGGCGCCGGAAGGAUGACCCGGCGAAGAUUGCGACGGGUGUGUACACGGCCAGCUGGACUGCGCCGCAGAAUGCGGGUGUGCACUCGAACCAGUACUUCCACUAUAUGGCGGCCAACGGCGAGAUCCGUGUGAACCAGGCCAAGCGCGGCUACGAUGUAACUGGUGAUGACCAGGGUUUGAUUUGGUACAACCCAUUCUACAUGCGCUACGCCCCUGACGAGGAGGGCAACUUUGCCGGCCAGACCGGCUACGGCUAUAUCAGCUUCGAGAAGUUCAUUGACGCCGUGACGGCCGUCAAUGAGGGCCGCGUGACUCUUGACCAGCUGGACGCCCGGCCGCUACCCACGUUGAAGAACACAAUUGCUACCACUGCUAUCUUGGAUGCCGGCCGCAAGUCGCUGGAUGAGCGGCGGCCGGUGGAGAUUGUUUCCGACAAUGGGAAGUGGGAGCUAAAAUGA